CUUCUUUAUCAUCGAACUCUGAUAACUUGGUAACACCAACCUCAGAUCAUCGCCAUCAUGCUAGCCACAGCAACGGUCCCCUUCCUCAUCCACGCUCUCAUUGAGACCCCAGCUGCUUUGACCUUUAUCCUCAAACCCUCAUCACAACUUCAACCGCUUCCUCCAUCGGCAGCCCUGAUUCUUCAAUCAUUCGGUGGCCUUCUUCUUACGAGUAACCUCAUUUCUCUCAUAUUUAUCCGGCGGCCCUUUGAUGAUGCAACUCGUCAAGCUGCGCUCGCCUUUUCCUUCUGGCAUUUGUGGCCUAGUUAUCGAGCUUAUAUGCGAAUGAAUGGCUAUACAAAAGAGGAAGCCUCAACAACCAAGACAUUAGGGGGACCAGUGGUGCACCUAGGAGUUCACAUUGUUUUGUUAACCAUGUUUCUUUGUACCUGGUAUUUUGGUAAUGCUUAAGCAACAGUCUAUGACCUACAAUUACAACCUUUUUCGUGUCUGUCCCUAGUUUCUAAAUAGCCGGAGUCCUGCCUCCUCAACAUCAACAUCCAUAUCAUCCUCGCU